GUACUACUUCUGAUCAUAUUUAUUCUGAUCCCGAAAACGUUCGUGAAGGUUUUAAAUCAAAGAAUUAUCGUAAUGUCCGCUCAUUCACUAACCCCGAUCAGUCAAUACAAUCAUCUGGUUCGGGAAUAUCAAGUGCUCCUUUAUCACCUUCUAAAGUAGUAAAACAACAAUUUUCUGUUGUUAAUCCUGCUUUACUAUCAAAGGUUUCAGAUUCAUUUCGAGCCCGGAUUACUCUUUCAAAUAGAAUGAAAAAUAAUCUUGAAUAUAAAGAUUGCUUUGAUGGAAGAGAGGCUGUGGAUAAGAUCGCCUUUAUAAUAAAGACUACUGAUAGGAAUUUAGCUUUAUUACUUGGUCGUGCUUUAGACUCUCAAAAAUUUUUUCACGAUGUAACAUAUGAUCAUCGACUUCGUGAUUCUCAGAAUGAAUUAUAUCAAUUUAAAAAAAUGCCUUCAAUUUUAUCAUCAAGUGAUAAUUAUGAAGAUUCUGAAGAGAAUGACUUACCAACUGGGGUAUUUACAUUAUUAACCGAUUGUUACUCUCCUACGUGUACAAGAGAUAAUUUAUGCUACAGCAUUGCUUGUCCUAGAAGACUGGAGCAGCAUGCAAGAAAACAUAGGAAGCCAAAUCAAGAUCUUAACCGUUCAUCAAGUCGUGGUUCUAUGACUGAUAGAAGAAAG